AUGGCGGCCACACUAUUUGAGAUGGCACAACGUGCUUCUGUCAGGAAUGUCAUGGAUGUCUUCGACAUUGGCGAGCUACCGUACGAAGUCGUCCGACCAAUCCUCAAGAAUAUUACCAAUCCCGCACAACUACGCAAGAUCGAACAAAACUCGCCUCAUAUCGCUGAAGACGACAGCGAACUCUGGGAGGCAUUCAUCCGAAGAGACAUACUACAGGCUGAGACCAAACUUCGAACAACACGGCCGAAGAAUCCCUCCUCGUGGUGGAAGGUGUAUGCUAAAUUGAAGAGAGAGGACGAGGCCCAGACGCAGGCCGCAGAAGCCAGACUCAAGGCCGCUCUCAAUGCUCACAAGGUGGACAAGGGCUCCAAGCAGACCAACAUUGUACGUGCCGUCAUACCGUCAGGCGAGAAGCGCCCAGCUUGGAACAGCGCAGGUCCACGCGACAAGCCCUUUGGUUCUCAGGCCUUGAAGAAUGCAAAGACAGGCACGGAUCAGAUGACUGUCAUCAAGAGACAAACCGCACAAAGACAAGCCGGCCGCAGUGUUGCCCAGUCCAUCCCCAUGCAUCAACUCCAGCAACUCAAGGGCAAGGUUGCCGAAGCACCUGCUCACAUGGUCCGGAGAUACGCUCAGCAGCCUGGACCCACAAGACCAUCUCCUAUGGUACCGCAGACUCAGGCCUACAGACCAGUGUUUGCCAGCAAGGUGCAGACUGUCGCCGACCGAGCCCUUGCAAGUGCUAUAACCCAGACCAAGCAAGAGCAAGAGGCUAGAGAGAGGAGACUUUUGGCUCUGACUAGUGGCUCUAAACCCAGGCCUAGUCCCACCACGUCGGCACGUAGAUCAUCACCAGCACCAGCACCGCCGCGGAGACCAUCGCCAGUGCACACGUCUUCGGCCUCUACGCUCGUGAGGAAGAGACCUGCCUACGACCCGUUCUUACCUGCCAAGAAGAGAAGGCCUUGA